CUCUUUAAAUCAUCGGAUCGAUCGAUAUCGACGGGAUUUUGUCCACAAAUUAUAGUGAUUAAUAAAUGAGGACUUUUUAUUCAAAAACUUGAGGGGGAAAGUUGUCUUGUUCAAUGGGAGAAUAUAGUUUAAGAGAAAAACCACUGCGAGGGCCACUCGAGGACGCCAGGGAAGACAUUAAAAAAAAGAAAUAUCGAUGUGAACAUCCGAAACGAAAACACUCGAGCAAUCGAAAUGACGUGCAAAACCUCUUAGAUAACAUGAGUACUUGUGAGGCGGAGGAAUUCUCAAUGGAGCAGCCUAAAUUCGCACUUCUCAUGCCUGUGAACUUUCCCGCAUAAAUAUUCCCUCUUUAAAUCAUCGGAUCGAUCGAUAUCGACUGGAUUUUGUCAACAAAUUAUAGUGAUUAAUAAAUGAGGACUUUUUAUUCAAAAACUUGAGGGGGAAAGUUGUCUUGUUCAAUGGGAGAAUAUAGUUUAAGAGAAGAACCACUGCGAGGGCCACUCGAGGACGCCAGGGAAGACAUUAAAAAAAAGAAAUAUCGAUGUGAACAUCCGAAACGAAAACACUCGAGCAAUCGAAAUGACGUGCAAAAGCUCUUAGAUAACAUGAGUGCUUGUGAGGCGGAGGAAUUCUCAAUGGAACAGCCUAAAUUCACACUUCUCAUGCCUGUGAACUUUCCCGCAUAAAUAUCCCCUCCCUAAAUCAUCGGAACGAUCGAUAUCGACUGGAUUUUGUCAACAAAUUAUAGUGAUAAAUAAAUGGGAACUUUUUAUUUAAGAACUUGAGGGAGAAAAUUGUCUAGUUUGAUGUGAGAAUUUUGGGAGUCACUGUGAGGUAAUUCAUGUCUAAAUUGUUGGUUGACAGCAGUGAAUAUUGCUGGUAAUGUUCAUUUUGGAAAAAAUUAUCGAAAAAUUAAUGAAACGUCAUUUGUUUUGUCUAAUUUGUGAACUGAAAGGAGAAGGAUUUUAACUUUUACGACGUGUUUUACAUGAUGCUUGGGGAUUUUAAACUUUGUGAGGUCUGAGACUGUGAGAACUAAAGAUUUGUUUUAUUGGGAGGGAAUUCGGAGUGACUCGUGGGUUUCGGAUUAUUUUUGGAAUUGUCAACUUUUUUUUUGGGGGGGGGGGGCUGUGAGGGAUUUAAAUGAGUACGAGCAAGAGGAGGAAACUGUCAACGUCAUGCUGGGAGGCUACGGAGAACGUCAGGAUCAAGUUGGUUUUUACUCUCGAGACACUUCCGCCGGAAGUGCUGGAGACCAUUCUGACUUUUUUGCCGAUGCAGGUGGUUGCUGGAACUUUUCGUCUUGUUUCAAGACAUUGUCAAUUAGUCGCCAAUAUCCUCCUAAACGGUGCAUUUUUCUCAGCUGGCCAUAGACUCGAGUCGGCCCUAAACUACGCCAAAGAGCGAAUCUACACAGUUAAAAAUAACACAGAUCUCCUAGUCUUCACGAAAGCCUUCAACAUCCUCGAACUAGUUCGCAUGCAGUACCGCCUCCUCCGCGCUGUUACCUGGCGUUACACCCACCCUCCACGUCCCGAGAGAUUCCCCAGACUGUGCUUUUAUCCUGGCGGCCUCCUAGACCGGCUCAAUCGCAUUCUCUAUCUCACAAAAACCCAGCCAGCCUCUCUGAUUGGACCCAAUGGACCGGAGACUAUCGUCUCGGAUUUCUCCAAUCUUUGCAAACGUUUCAUGAAUUAUUUCGAAAAAGUGUCGGAGAGAAAAUUUAACAGGUUCGAUAAUACCCGAAAUCAAAUUGCAAAGUCAAUUUCAGAGGGAAAUUUGGGUUUUCAUCAAAAUUUUGAUAUCUUUAUUAAAUUCAAAAGGAUUCAAACCUCAAAAAUAGAAAAGUUUCCCAGAUCCCCCCUCGUCUCCGGCUGCAAGGCAGUGGACAUUCUGGACUGUCUGACCGAGGGUCGCAAGCUCCUCUCCUUCCGAGUGACCCCAGGUCGUGGUAAUCGCGGUAGCAUCGUCUGCAUGCGCCUCCAAUACACAAUGCGUCGUGCCUGGUUCACCUGUCUGCAGGUGCCUUGCACCCUGGAGGAGGGCUCCUGGCGCGACGAGCAGAGGUUCAUGUACCUGCGUCUACGUCGUCUAGUGGCAAGUGUAAACGAGCAUUACUACGAGGGAAUACAUUUUGAGCGAGAAAUUUCCAUUCAGACUAGAACAGCUAUUGCCCCCAAGGUCACCCUUCCCUCGACCUACUCAGGCUAUGGAGAAUAUGGCGGACAAUUCUUCUACUACGGUAACAUGAACAGACAGGCCUACACCACCAAGUGGCACAGACCAGCCGAGUCUGAGGAGUACCAAGAGUAUCCGGAACUACAGCCCAAGGAUAUGAAACUAUUUCCAACGUACGAUCUCGUCAUUGGAAUUGAGCUUCGCUGCUCACCCGAACUUGCACCCCUCGUCAUCAGACCCAUUCUCAAGAGUGACGAUGUCGACAACAGUCGACCACUCUCCCACAAUCCCGAGAUGUACCUCAAGAUGACUGUCAACUGUCCAGCAUCCAGCGCUAAUCGAUUGCCUGGGCAUUUUGUCUGGGAGCAACGUGCACGCAAGGAGAAACCACCCUCUUGAUAUGUUUUUUUAGCGGAUGGUAAAAGGCAGCAUUUGCUUGUUGUUGAAUUAUACAUUCUUGUAUGUCGUAUUUUUAAUUUUUAAUUCUAUGAAAAUGAUGUUGUAUGGGAUAAUAAAU